CUGCCCUGCCUUGCCCCGCCUCCGGAAAAUAUGGGAUGGUUUCUCCAUGAGAUCUUUUUGCUGCACCUUAUGAUGAAGAAAUGCUGUGAAAAUGCUUUCUUAUGGUGCAUGCUGAGACGUUUAUAAAGUUUGUCCCAUUCCUCUACUUGUUUUCUCUCUCUGCAGGAUCAAUUGGAACCUUUCUGGUCCCCAGAGAAAUACUCUGUCAGGAUUUCUCUAAUGGAGAUCAGAAAGGGUUAAAGUCACCAGUACACCGAUUCUGCGUGUUUAAAAAGCUGUGUUACCACGCCCCUCGGAGCCCACGAGUGACAGCUCAGGGUUCGGCCUGCGCGCUGCGAUCAGCCGGCUUACCCCCGCGGCGGCAUGGACAGCGACGAUGAAAAUGUGGAGGAAGUUGUGGAAGGUCCGUUGGAUGAAGAUGGUCAGCCCCAUGGUUUCUGCACAGUGACUUACUCCUCCAGUGAUCGCUUUGAAGGACACUUCACCCACGGAGAGAAGAAUGGCAAGGGGAAGUUCUUUUUCUUUGAUGGAAGGAAGUUUAUCGGAUGGCACUUCUAUUCCAGUGGACCCAAAUACAGCACCUUGGAAGGUUUCUAUGUGGAUGAUGGUCUACAGGGCCAGGGAGUGUACACACAUGAAGAUGGCGGUGUCCUCCAUGGGACGUAUGUGGAUGGUGAGCUCAACGGUCCUGCUCAGGAGUUGGAUGGAGAGGGCCGUCUGGUCUUCAAGGGUCAGUACAAAGACAACAUCCGCUGUGGGGAGUGCUGGAUCUACUACCCUGACGGGGGCUGCGUGUUUGGACGAGUCAAUGAGGACGGGGAGAUGACUGGGAACUCCAUAGCAUACAUUUACCCAGAUGGCUGCACAGCUCUUUAUGGAAGCUUUGUGGACGGGGAGAUAAUUGAGGCGCGCCGCGCCACACUGAUCUUCAACCAGACUGAAAAACCACGCCUCCAAAUCUCACCAAACAGUCCUGUCUACUCCUAUGAUAAGUCCACAUCCAGCUGUAUCGCCACCCACGCUCUGUUACCCGACCCGUAUGAGAGCCAGCGGGUGUUUGUGGUAGAGUCUCUGAUUAAAGGAGCAGGACAGGGACUGUUUGCCAAGGCAGAUGCCGAGCCUGGUACUGUCAUGGCUUUUUAUAACGGAGUUCGGAUCACGCAUUCUGAGGUGGACAGUCGAGACUGGGCUCUGAACGGAAACACCAUCUCCCUGGACGACGACACUGUGAUCGACGUCCCGCAGCCAUUUGACCAGACCGAGAGAUACUGCGCCUCUCUAGGUCACAAGGCCAACCACUCCUUCACCCCCAACUGCCAAUAUGACCCGUUUAUCCACCCUCGUUUUGGACCGAUCAAGUGCAUCCGAACACUGAGGGCUGUGCAGAAAGAUGAAGAGCUCACGGUUGCCUACGGUUACGACCAUGAGCCAACUGGGAAAAACGGCCCGGAGGCUCCUGAUUGGUACAAACAAGAGCUCCAGGUUUUCCAACAAAGACAGGCAGCUCCUAUCGGCCAGUGAAAACACAGAGGAAGACCUCUGGACAGAGAAACACCCCCUCAACCCCCAACUUGUGCUGCCACUUCAUAAAACUCCUGGAUGACUGUGGCUGUAGACGUCCGCUGCAGCUGCUAACCUUCCUAGCUGCUUUGAUCAGAGUAACAACAGAACUAUGCAAGAAACCCAGUGAUCUUAGAGAACAUGUGUAUCUGAUAGGAAGUGCUGCUCUCUCAUGUUUUAAAAGUUACAUGUUCAUUACUAGUGCUUAUAGUCGUCAUGGAAACCUGCUGUUUUCAUUAGGUCAGUUUACAUGACAGGGCUCGCCCUUCAGAGCUACAUGGUAUUUCUUUUAUUGCUCUGUUGACCUGAUGCUUCAACUGAAAGGAACUCCUGCCCUUAUUUACAUCGCCUUAGCAGGUCUGUUUAGUUGACAUACAGAUCAUGUUACAUAGACUAUUAUGAAACGUUACAUGAAUUCUAUUUGUGAAGUUAAGGACUCUAGAAAAAUGAAUGGAUGAUCUGCUACAUGAAAGAUGAGGUCACAAUCUGCACACCACCACCAAUAAACCCCCCCAAAAUAAACCAAACCAGCACCAUU